CUGACUGGAUGGUGUGUUUCCUUGGUGUUGGUGCGUGUUGUUUGGGCCUGUGCAUCUACCAUCGCCGACGGGUUGGCAGGAAAUGUACAUGGAACAGUGGGUUCAUUGUGAGAAUUAUGGCCCGCACAGAGAAACCUCUCUUUUGGAUAGCGUAUUCGCUGUACACAAAAACAAAAUUGGGAUAUAUGUUCUACAAACGUCAGAUGAGAAAAGCUCGUGAGCAAUAUCCCACUGGACAUUCAAAAACACAAGCAACUACACUGAAUGGUGUCAAGAUAAUACCCAUUCCAGUGCUGUCUGACAACUACAGCUAUUUGAUUGUAGACACUACAUCUAAUCUUGCAGUUGUAGUGGAUCCCGCUGACCCACAGGCUGUCCAGGCUUGUCUGGUUGAGGAAGGAGUGACCUUGGAAGCCAUUCUUUGCACACACAAACACUGGGACCACAGUGGCGGGAACAAGGGACUUAAAAGACUCCAUGCAGGCUGUCGAGUUUAUGGAAAUGCUAUGGAUAAUAUUCCAGGACUGACACACCCUCUGUCUGACAAGGACACCAUAGACAUAGGUACACACCUGCGAUUCAGGGCCUUCUGCACACCUGGGCACACAGUGGGCCACAUGAUCUACCUGCUGGAUGGUCGAACAUUUGGUAGCCCCAGCAGUCUCUUCUCAGGGGACCUGGUGUUCCUCUCAGGCUGUGGAAGAAUGUUUGAAGGCACCGCCUUGACGAUGCUGUCAUCUCUGGACACCGUUAGCUCACUGAAUGACGAGACUCUACUCUGGCCGGGGCACGAGUAUGCAGAGGACAACCUUCUGUUUGCGACUGAGUUGGAGCCCACUAACUCCACCCGUGAGCAGAAACUUCAGUGGGUCCAGCAGCAGAGGGGUCAGAGACUCUGCACGAGUCCCUCCACACUGGGGGAAGAGAAGGAGUACAACCCAUUCCUGCGCAGUCAUGCUCUCGAACUCCAGCGGGCGCUGGGACUCCAGCAGAAUCAGGAUGAAGACUGGACUGCUUACAGGGCCCGCAUUCUCGAAGAGCUCCGUAGACGCAAGGACAUCUACAAGGGCCGAUAGAUCCUGGCCCUCGCACAACACUAAAGCCAUUCCAGUGGUAGCAUGGGCCUAUGCUACUGUUUAUGUGAAUGGAGAUGUUCUCUAAUAAGGCCUGCUUAGGUCAAAGUUUGGGUAUAAAACCUAUUUUAAGCACUGAUAUGAUGUUUCAGGUUUUUAGGGUCCUUACUUUUCCUGGCCCUGAUAGUGUCAUAGGCCAUGUGAGCCAUUUUGGUGAUAUUCUCUGAAUUCUAAACCCCUUACCUCAUAUUUGCAACACAACUGUUAAUGAAAAUACAUUUUUACUUUAGGCUAACAAAGGUACCAAAUGCACUUAUAUUUAUAUUUAUAUGAGUUAAUUGUUUUUAACAAUAAAUAAUUGUCCCAAAUUA